UUAUAAUAAUUUCAAAAUCUUUUUAAUAUCAUUUCAACAUUGUUAACAACCUAAGAACUAGUGGGAAUUUUCAUUGAAUUAUUAAGAAUGACAGGAUAGUUCAAGGGCUUGUGGAGUUGUGAUGAAUUUAGAGUUUGGUAGGAGUGAAUGGAGAUGAAAAAUUCUUGCAGCUUACCCCAGCAAGAUCGUGAUUAGGACUUAGCUGAGUUUAGUAAAGUUCAUGAAGUAUGUUGAACUCAGUAUGAGCAUAAUGUGUGGUGUUUCAAUUAAUUGAUGCAAGAUUUACCGGAUUGGACAUUGUGCAAGACUCAAAUUACUGAAUUCCUCAGGAGGUUGUGGUGAGGAUGCUGGAUGUGGAUUGUAUAUUUCAAGAAAAGUGGGAUUUCAAAUGUGAUUAUGCUUGAAUUUGGAUUUUAAAUUUGGCCUCAAUUGUUGAUAGUCAGCUUUCACAUCAUUGGCAUCUCACAUAAUUGGUUAGAGUUUGAUAUACGGAUUAAAGAUUUUGGACUUAACACCAUCAAUGCCUGGCAACGAAGUUGGAGAUAGGCUCCACAAUUUCUUUGCACAAGAGAACUUCUCACAGGGACAGCAUCAAGCACAGGUGCUGGAUGGGAAUUGGCCAGCUCUGAAUAAUAAUAAUAAUCUGUUGAAUGAAAACCCGAGACCAAUUGGUUUACUGGGUUCCAACCCAAAAGGUUACAAUUUGCAGCCUCCAGUAGUAGAUAAUGGGAGAGGACCUGGCAGUCAUAUGUUGAAUGGUCCACAUGGCAUGAACUUCCCUCAAUCCAGUCCAAGGCCUGAGGUUUCUAAAAGCCAAUUGCAGAGUCAACAGCAAAAUUUUAACGACUACAUGUAUGGACAUCUUUACCAGGCGCGUCAAGAUGAAGGAAAGUUUCUUGCUGUGAACACAGGUUCUGAUCAAUGUAAUGUAGCAUCAUUAGGCUCAUCUUUCUAUGAUUCACAACAAGGUGUGGGACCUGAGCAUCAGACUCACACACCAGUUAGGUCUGAAGCUUCUGAAUCUCCUGGUAGUUUUAAUCUUUUUGGGAGUCAACACCAAUUGAGUUCUCACCAAUCAAAUAUGCUGCAACCCCCUCAGCGCCAGCAGUCUGGGUUUAAUGACAUGCAACAGCAAAUAAUGCUGAUGAGAAUGCAGGAACUUCAGCGACAACAGCAACUUCAACAACUAGAUGCAAGGCAACAAAAUACCUUCAACCAGAUUUCACCCUUUUCUAAGGUGACAUCAAGCAGCCAUCCCUCUUCUUUGGGUAAUGGCACUAUAAAUUCAGGUGGAGUUAGUUAUCCAUGGGCAACUGAAACUGGUAACACAAACUGGUUGCAGCGACAUUCACCAGGAUUGCAGGGUUCCUCUAAUGGUCUCAUUUCUACUAAUCAUGGUCAAGGACAAAACUUAAUGGGUUUAAUUCCUCAGCAGACCGACCAAUCUCUUUAUGGAGUUCCUGUUUCAAGUUCAAGAGCAGGUGUAACCCAAUAUACCCAGACGAUGACUGAUAGGACAUACAUACAGCCAACAGAUUCCUUCAAUAAUUCAUUUCAAGGUAAUCAGUAUUUUGCAUUGCCAGAUCAGCUUGGCAGUCAGGACAGAGCACUUGCUUCUAAACAGAAAUUCCAAAGUGAAAAUUUCUUUGGACAUGCUCCUGGCGAGUCUUUAAACAGUACAAUUAAUGCGGAGAACUUUCAGCAAGUGAAUUCCAUGCAAAGAAGUACAUCUGUGCAGGAAUUCCAAUUGCGACAGGAACUGGCUCUUCCUUCAACAAACUCACUGGAAAAAACAGAAACGCAAGCUGCCUCCUCACACAAUGAUGUAGGUCUUGAUCCUACAGAAGAAAAAAUUUUGUUUGGUUCAGAUGAUAAUAUAUGGGCUGCCUUUGGUAAGAGCACCAAUUUGAGUGGGGAAGCCUGUGAUUCAGUUGAUGGUACAGGUCUACUCAAUGGCGGUACUUGGAGUGCUCUCAUGCAGUCUGCUGUUGCAGAAACUUCUAGCACUGAUGUACAACCACGGGAAGAGUGGAGUGGUUUGAAUUUUCACAUUUCUGAUGGUCCAUCAGGGAAUCAAAACAUUUCAACAUGUAACAGUGGUAAACUGCCAAAUUCUUUUGCUGAAGGCAAAGUGCCUAUUGCUUCAUCGUUGAGUUCUGAGCCUAUUCGGCCUUCUGACUGUACUAAUGUGAACGAUAGUUAUUGCAAUCUCCAAGGGUCCCAUCAGUCUGGUCAUAAACUUCCCUAUGAACUUGGCCAUGGUCUGCAAACACAUUCUUCUCAGAGAUUUGUGCAACCGUCUGAGCAAGGAAGCAAGUGGAUGGAUGCCGGUUCAUUACAAAGGGCAAGAGCUGUUCAUGGUGGUGCUUCAUACAAAGCUGAUCCUGGCCCUAGCCCAGCUGUUGAUUUGCAGCCUGCUAGAUCAUCUGUUGCUAAUGCCCAUGUGAACUCUGAGAUCAAUGGCUUGAAUACUGCUGGCUUUACUUUGAAGCCAAGUUCUAUGAGGAGUGCUGAGGAAUCCAGUCAAUUUCUUUCUAGUAGUUCUCAAAUUAAUUAUUGGAAGAAUGCAAACCCCUUUGCUAAGGGUCAAGGAAGUGAUGGCUUGGAGGAAUCACAGCUUCGUGUUAUCAGGGAUAACCAAUUUUCAAACUCAUUGCAAGCCACCUCUGAUAGAGAAGUUAAAACUCAUGAGAUGGAUAACAGAGACAAACAGGAGAACUCCAAUGACAGCUACCACUCCAACGUAUCACACCACACAUCUGUUGGUAGUUUGAGGGGAAAUGCGUUGUCUGAUGUUAGUGAUUCAAGGCCUGGCAAGGAAAAGUUUACUAACCAAGUUGGCAAGAAAAUUUCUACACGGAAAUUUCAGUAUCACCCUAUGGGAAACCUGGAUGAAGAUGUAGAUCCUCAUGGAGUGAAAAAGCCUAUACACAAACAGACUGUGGUUCAGCAGAAUGCCCAGUUUGGCCAGUCAAUGUUUUCCCCUCAGGUUCCAAAGAGUUCUAUUGAUGUGGGAAAGAGGCAACCAUUAGAUGGCCUAAGAGAUGGCAAAGGCCUAGCUGAGGCACAUUCUCAGAGCUGCUUCCCUAGCUCUGGAUCAAAUAUGGCUGCCCGUUUGAGUAGAUCUAUUGAUAUUCACUCACCUAAUGCUGAGUCUCCAUCUAGUCCAAACAUGCUACAGCUUCUACAGAAGGUGGAUCAAUCCAGAGAAUUUGGUGCCUCAAUGCAGCAGAAUGCAUCAUCUGAAAUGCCAGAAGCGGAAAACUCAGAUGGGUCUAUGGCACACCUGCAGCGAAGCCAUUCAUCAGCUUCUCAAGGAUAUGGCUUACAGCUUGGUCCUCCAUCCCAAUGCAUGCCAACUAAAAAUAACUUACUUUCAUCUCAAAGCUCUAUGCAAACUGUUAAUUCUUCAUUUGUGAUUCAUUCUGCUGUUGAGAUUGGUGAAAAUGGUCAAGCACAGGCUGCUCCUCCAUCUCAGGUUCAAUCUUCACCUUUUUCCCGUGGUACAAUCCAUGGAGAGUUGAGUAAUAACAGAUCUGGAGUCCCAGGAAACAGCAAGAAUGAAUCCACUCUUUAUAAGAUGCAUGGAAAAUUUUCAUCAGCAUUUAGUUCUGGCUAUAUGUCUUCAAGAAGCCUGCUUGAAAAUCAGCAGAUGGUUACUGGACAGGCUUUGAUAAAUCAGUCCAAUAAUUCUUUCAAAUGCGCUGCGAAUUCUGCAGGGAAAGAUGAUUCUCAGGGGGAAGCUUCUGGUGGUCUUUCUAUGGAAAUUUUCUCACGCGAGGCAAUGGGCAAUAGUUCACAUGCCAACCUACCUACAUCCUUGGAUACUGCUAAGCCAACUAGUUACAGCAAUACUUGUGAAGGGGUCUCAACCCCUCAAACAUCAGUUCAGCAUCUUCCAGUUUCUCAGCCUACCACUGUUUCUGGCAUCUCUCAACAAAAGUCCUUAUCAGAAGUACUGAAUAAUAUUUCAACCAAUUCUCAGGCACAUCUAUUUGGUGUUCAGUUUCGUAAGGAGUUGUCAAACCAAUUGAAUAUUGUUGAAUCAUCGUCCUCUGCUUUAGGCAGUCAAGGGGAUCAAGAUACGACAAAUGGAAGGAAGUUCUCAUCUGAGAUUGAUGCAAUUUCUGUAAAUUCAUUGGGUAAUGUUCAGGGAGAAAUGAAACAAGCAAAGCCACAAUCCUCUAGAAACAUUGACUCUGCUCAGGAACUGAAUCAAUCCCAAGGAGAAGCUACUGUCAAGACCAUUUCGGAUGUAUCUCCUGUGAAUUCAACAUCAAUGCAGAAAGAUAUCGAAGCCUUUGGCCAGUCUUUGAAACCAAAUAACUUUUCUCAUCUUAACUACUCAAUAAAUCAAAUGCGGGCCAUGAAGAACAUGGAGACUGAACAAAGCAAUAUGAUGCUGAAAAGAAUUAGAGCACCAGAUGGCAGUCCAGGUGGUCAACAAAUGUCUCAUGCAUCCUCUCCUUCAGGAGAUUCUGGAAUGUUAAGCUUGCCUGGGUCAGAUAAUUUGGAAAGAAACAGAACUGCUCAACAAGGAACAGUACCUACUCAGGAUAUUCCCGCACUUUGUCAGUAUGAUUCUCAGAGCAGUUCUCUUGCAAAUAGUAUUUCUGUUAAACAGGAGCACAAUCAGAUUACUCCCCAGAUGGCACAAUCUUGGUUUAAUCGGUAUGGAACCAGUAAAAAUGGGCAGACAUUGCCAAUGCAUGAGGCACAAAAAGCUGCUGCUGCGCAAAUUGCUGAACCACCUUUCACUUUUCAGAAGUCCUCCAAUAGUUUGCAUGCAAUUAAUUCCAUGCAGCAACUAAUGGGUGCUAAUACUGAUAGAAGCCAACAUAGUAAUGUUGGGCAAAGCUCGCUCCCAACACCAGUACAUGUUGAGCAUUUUCCUUCACGAUCUUUGUCAGUAAACAUGACUGGUCAGCAUUCAAUACCAAGACCAAAGAAGCGCAUGCGUGUUACAGAAGAUCUGAUUCCUUGGUACAAAGAGGUUUCACAGGAUUUGCAGGAUCUUCAGAAUAUAAGUGGUAGUACUGCAGAAAGAGCUUGGGCAAAAGGAACCAAUCGGCUUACUGAAAAGGUUGAAGAAGACAUCAGUUUGACUGAAGUGCCACCAAGGCUAAGAGCUAAAAGAAGGCUUCUCUUGACAACUCAGCUUAUGCAGCAAUUAUUUCACCCUCCACCUGCAUCAAUUCUUUCAGCAGAUUCCAAGUUGAAGUUUGAGAAUGUGGUUUACUCAGCUUCUAGAUUGGCUUUGGGUGGUGCAUGUGGCCUGGUUUCUAGCUUUAAUGGGAAGACCAGUAUGACCAAGGCAGAUGAUGACAAAGAGCUAUCAUUUGAUACGCACAAAACAUCAGAGAGCAAUGGUGAUAAGCAUUUUUCAAAAAUUGUGGAACAAUUCGAAGAGAGAAAAAGGAAGUUAGAAGAUGAUUUGUGGGAACUGGACUACAGCGAAUCAUUUUUGGAUUUGACACUGGAAAGCCAAGAUGUGGAGAAGUUCUCAAUUAUCAACCGAUUUGCAAAGUUCUAUAACCGUGGGCAAGCUAAUGCUUCAUCUUCCUCAGAUCCACGUAUUCUUCAAGGUCAGCCACAGAGAUACGUGACUGCACUUCCAAUGACUAAAACAGAUCUUCCUGUUGGGGUACAAUGUCUUUCUCUAUGAUUAAAUUUAUUCUUCCCCAUUUCUAGUUGCAAUAUUCUUUUAGUCCUGGGUAUAUGCACAAUGCACUGCCACCCGCUACAACACAUGGAAACCACAGAAAUCAGAGUGGAUGACCAUUAGUUUGGUUAAGAUAGGCUUUGAUCUUUUCCCUUUUAGGCCAUUGAUGAUAUUAUUGAGACAAUACAAAUGCAGUCCAUGUGUAUACUUAUUUGAAAUGAAGGAAUGUUGCCCCAUCAUUUUAUUUUUUAUUUUUACAAGAAAAUGGGGAGAAGAGUUAUUAGGCCUCAGAAAUCCACAAUGCAAAAUAUUCAUGUUAUUGGCUACGCACAUUGCGCAUCACACAUAAAUUACAUAGCAUGUAUUGUAUAAUAUAUCGAUAUUUGGUUAAAAGUUUCUUAGAGAUC